AAGUGACCUUAGAUUCCUUAAUAGAGUGGUUAUUGCUAUUAGAGUAUACACGCUUUAGAUGUAGGAAAGGAAGAUACUUCCCUGCCAAUUAGAGCUAAUUUAUAUCUUGCCAAUCUUGAGACGCCUAAAACAGAGCAUCCAUACCCCUCCCAGUAUAUUACUUCAAUUGUGUUCCUAAAACCAUAACUUAAAGAAGAAAAAUCCUCCGAAUGUUGACACUGAUUGAUGAUCAGACACUCCCAACCAAAUGGCCCCAAAAUCAAAGUUCUCAACUAGUCGGGAACGAGCAACCCAUCCGCUGGUGUGGUGUGGUGCUAUCAUCUGCACCAUCUUGACCAUAGCAGUCAUCAUAGGAGGCAUCGUUACCUUCAUAGGAUACUUAGUUAUACAUCCCAGGGUGCCGUACGUCAGCGUCAUGGAUGCUUACCUUGACCAUAUCCAGAUUGAUUAUGCGGGUAUUCUGGAAAUUCAGGUAACCAUACUAAUUCGAGCCAAGAAUGGGAACGAAAAGGCGCAUGCAAGCUUCUCGGAUUCGAGUUACAGCCUAAGCUUGAAUAGGGAAGUGGUAGCGCAGCUGGUCGCACCACCCUUUGAAGUAGGUAAGAACAGUUCGGUUGAUUUUAAUUAUGUAGUGCCAUCUUCACCCAUACCCUUAAGACCAGAUCAAGCAGAGGAUGUGGACGCGGGUUUGAAGAAAGAUUUGAUUAUAUUCGAUUUGAAAGGCAGUAGCAGGGUGAGAUGGCGAAUAGGGAGCCUGGGUUCAGUUAGGUACUUGUGUCGUCUCGACUGCCAGUUGCGUUUCCAUCCUUUGAAUGGAACUUACAUUCCUUCGCGCUGUAGUUCCAAGGCCAAAUAAUUUCCUCCUUUUUUUUUUUGUUCUAUAUACAUACAUCUACAUUGAAUAGUGAAGCCUUUCCAUUUUCUUUUGUAUGCUCUGUUCUGUACAUGCACCAAAGCAACGACAAAAGUUGUUUAAUUAGGUAUGUUUCUUAGGUAACACUAGAUUGAAUGCUUAUAUGUAAGACAAUCAACUCCAGAAAAACAAAUAAAAUCAAUGUGGAAUUCUUGUUCA